UUUGAUUAAGGCUAGAGAAAACUCUUUGUUCUUUUCCUCAAGGAAGUCACAUAGGAAGAAGAUAUUAGUAUCAGUGAGUUGCCAUUGCUCGUCAAUGGUAAUAUUUGGGUAAGAAAAUUUACAAAUGAAUGCUGUGAUCAAUUUACCCGCCAGAACUUCAUGCCAUUGGCUGGGAAUAGACUCCAACAUCACAAAGAGACUGGCCAUCAGGUUCUCAGACAAGAUAGAGAUAAAACGACACACCAUCAACAACAAUGUCCUGGGCAAAUAUUGGGGUAGAAACAGAAUUUUAGCCAUGGCUUCAAAAAGAGAUCCCAAUUCUCAGCAAAAUUCUCUUUCUUCAGCAGAAACUGUUGAUCAGUACUUCACAAGCAUCAACGGUAAAGAUCUGCGACAAUUGGAUGAGUGCAUAUCCGAAGAUGCUUGCUUUGAAGACCAUGCCUUCACCAAACCAUUCCAGGGAAAGAAGGAAGUUAUGCACUUCUUACAACAGCUUACUGAAUGCAUGGGCCGGAAUGUGAAAUUCAGGGUGAAACAUAUAUACGAGGGAGACGAUUUAACUGCCGCAGCGAACUGGCAUAUGGAAUGGAAAGAGAAACAGAUCCCAUUCACAAGAGGUUGCACCUUCUUCAAGUUAACAAAAUUGGGAAAGAACCUGAUCAUUUGGAGAACUGAGGUAUUAAUUGAAUCACCUAUCAAACCAGGAACCAUAGUUUUGACCCUAUUGAAAAACGUGACUUCGACAUUUGACAACUUUCCAAAACUAGCUGAGUGGUUCUUGAGAAGUCCUCAUGUGAUACUAUCAUGGAUAUUGAAAGUUUACAAUAUAUUUAUAGCAUGCUGGCUUCAUCCUCUCCUAGAUGGCUACAUAAAGCUAUGGAGUUUCUUUGUUCGAUUACUAAGCUCUGCAAUCACUCUAGUGAUUUUUAUUUCCAAGACUUUCUUCAAUUAAGGAUCACACUACUUAGCAUAUACUUCGUCUUAAGAACUGCUAGCACCAGAGGGUUAGAUAUCACAUCA